UACAGCUUCCGCGCCAGAUCCACAUAUAUCUCUGCCACCAGCGUCGUCAGCGACCCACUCCUGCGACCAGUCUCUCCUUUAGACCUCAGCUUACCCCACACCCAGCACUCGGCGGCCUCCGAGCAGCUUCACCCCUAUGGCCGACUACGCAAACGAGAACUCGGGGCUCACCUCCUCCCGGCCAAAGACCCGCAGCCGCAAGUGGCUCUGGAUAGGCGGCGCCGUCGCUGUCGCCGUUAUACUCGCCGCCGUGCUCGGCGGUGUGCUCGGGAGUCGGGCGCACAAGAAUAACCAGAACAGCUCGGCAAGCGGUGCAGCGGCCGACAGCGGUCCGUCCCCCACCGGCGAGGCCGCUGCGAGCCAGGCCGCGAGCAUCAAGGAGGCCGUCGGUCUCUUCCCCACAGCCACGAACAGCCAAUACCUCCUUCCCAUAUACCCCUCUACGACUAAUACCGCGGCCUACACCACGCCCACCUUCCACGCGUCCACCAACGCCUCCCUCGCAUGGCCCAAGGACUCCUUCCAGCCCUCCAACCCCCAGCCGACCUCCGUCCGCCCUGACCGCCCCCGCCUCAUCGCGCCCUCAUACAAGUGGAACGCACUUCCGGACCUGAUCAAGAGCGACCCGUACCUCAAAUUUUGGAACGACACCAUCUUCGGCAACGCGACGCAGUACUUCGGCUUAGAGCCCGUUCAGUACCACAUGGACGGCAGCAGCGGCAUUCUGGACAAUGCGCGCGAGAUCAAGAUGCGAGUAAAGGCGUUUGCGUACGCGUACCGGAUGACGAACGACACGAAGUGGCUGGACAGGACCUUCUCGGAGCUCGAGAACGCCGUGUCCGACUCGUUCGGGCCCGCGGGGACGGACAAAUGGAACCCGACGCACUUCCUCGACACGGCGGAGUUCACCGCCGCGUUCGCGAUCGCGUACGACUGGCUGCACGACGCGUGGUCCGCGGACCAGCGCAGCACGAUCCUGUCGGGGAUGAAGACGUACGGUCUGGAGGUCGGCCUGGACGCGUUCUCGAACUCGAGCACCGGCUGGUGGGCGAACAACAUCGAGGGCAACUGGAACUGCGUGUGCAACAGCGGCCUCACGAUGGGCGCCCUUGCCAUCCUUGAGGACGACACUACGGGCCUCGCCGAGCAGCUCAUCGCGAAGACGAUCCCGAAUGCGCUCGCGAACUGCAUCUGGGCCGUGUCUUCCGACGGUACCUGGUCCGAGACCGCGAACUACUGGUACUUCGGUACCACUGGUCUUGCUGAGAUGACGGCAUCGCUCCUCUCCGCGACCGGAUCCGACUACGGGCUGCUCUCGACCAACGAGCACCUCGAGCUCACCGGCUACUACCACAUGUAUGUCACCGGCCCCGGCUCGUUGUUCGCGUACGGCGAUCACGGACCCAACAAGUUCUCGACGACCGCGAAUUCGAUCCUCUUCUGGGGCGACGUCCUGAACCACCCCGAGUACAUGCUCUUCCAGCGGGACCAGCACGACGCGCCGGAGCCGAACAGCAUGUUCUGGUACGACCCCUCCGUCUCGGGCGCGUUCUGGGACGGGCUCGCGCUCGACCGCUUCUUCGACAACAGCACGGACCAGUGGGGCGCGAUGCGCAGCAGCUGGACGGACGAGAACGCGCUGUACGUCGCGAUGAAGGCGGGCACGCUGCAGGGCCACCAGACGCACAACGACCUCGACGCGGGCGACUUCGUGAUCGACGCGCUCGGCACGCGCUGGGCGGGCGAGCUCGGCUCGGGCAACUACCUCUCCACGGGCUACUUCUCGAGCGACGACCAGGACAGCCAGCGCUGGCUGUACUACCGCAAGCGCACGGAGGGCCAGAACACGAUCCUCGUGAACAAGGCGAACCAGCUCGUGGGCGCGCACCCGUCGGUGAACCACGACACGUCCGGCACGACGCAGGGCUCGAGCACGGUCCUUGAUGUUGCACAAGACUCGACUGCGUACUUCACUGCGGACCUGUCGAGCGCAUACGACAACGUGACCUCAUUCAAGCGCGGCAUCCGGAUGAUCAACGGGCGCAAGCAGGUGCUCCUCCAGGACGACAUCAACGCGUCGGGCGACAUCAUGUGGCGCAUGCACACAAACGCGACGGUGUCCGUCUCGGGCACGACCGCGACGCUCACGAUCGGCGACCAGAAGCUGGACCUGAGCAUCCUCAACGCGCCGAGCGGGGUGAGCAUGACCACGGGCCCCGCGGUGCGCUUCUCGGACGACCCGGCGCUGCCGGCGGGCGAGAGCGACCAGGAGAACCCGGGGGUGACGGUGGUGAUGAUCAGCCUGCCCGCGGGCGAGUACAGCCUGCAGGUGCUCUUCAACCCGCAGUGGAGCGGCAUGUCCGCGAGCGACUUUGUGACGCCGCCGUCGGUCGCGAUCGACAGCUGGUCGUUGACGAGCCACAACUGAUCUCUCUUUUUCUUCCAUUGACAUUUGCGUUUGGUCCGCCAGGAUAGUUGCGGACGGACUGUUGAGUGAUUAUUGACGACGAAUGUAAUGGACUGUAGGUAGCACGUCUCUACUCAUGGACCCUGUCGUGGGCCAAGUACACUACAUUUCUUUUUUGUUGUGGUGUGAGCCGCGCGAUGUACGGGCAUCUUCUCACGCACGAUAAUGUACAUCCUAUCCCCC